AUGGUCUGUCUCAAAACUGCUGCUGCCUUGAUGGGCUUCAUUGACUUUGUCGCCACUGCCCCGGCAGCUUACGGUGUUCCACUGGACGAUGUCAAGAACUGUUACUGCGGUGAUGUCACGAAAGAUUAUCAGACUAGUGACCCGGAUGCUACUAAGAAAGCCUGCCCCAUAUAUGGAGGCGUCGGUAGCCAGGUCUAUGUCCGUCGCGGCGAAAGUCAAGGCCGUAUUGGAGUUCUUUAUAGCUAUUACGUCCCAAAGGUUCGCUGGGCCGAGGGGGAUAACAACGGUCACCGCCACUAUUGGGCCAGUGUUGUUGUCUGGAUCAAUCGAUGGGGCUGUGAGACGGACGAUAUUACGGCUCUGUGGCCUGUUGGUGUAUCUUACACAACCGACCACUUGAGCUGGGGAUCGGCAGCUGCUGGAAGCGUAUCAUUCAAGUCUUCAGAUGUGGGCAUUAACAUGGACAAACACCCCAAGAUGCAGAUUCACGAUAAUACUCUCUCACCUUUCACUGGAGCCGACGGCGAUAGCGUCUUUGAGCCUACGCUUUACGAGAAGACGCAAGUGCCAUUUACGGAUGACAACUUCCAAGCUCACCUAGACGCCGCAUACAGGAAGGAUUUCUACGGCGGCAUACCUACAGAGCCGGAUUGCCACACAGAAGAGCCACCAGCCAAGACCGACACUCCUGAUGAUCCACCCACGUCUGCAACAAGCGCAACCCAAGCCAACCCUACAGCCCUGUAG